AUGGCAACGCAUUCUUAUGUUAUACCAGAUCUUGGCGAUGAUGAUGAUAAUGAUGAUAACAGUAAUCAAAGAGAAUCAUUAAAUUUAUUUUCCAAAAGAAUGAAAAUUGAUGAUUUAUCAAAAACCAAUGAAACAUAUUCAUAUGAAUCAAAUCCAUCAAAUCCUAUUCCUGAAACUGAUUCUUCAACAUCAUCUGUUCGUCCAUCACCAUCAAUUCCAUCAUCGUCAUCACUUUUAGUUCAUUCCCGUCAACGAGGAAAUCCUUUAUUAAAACAUAUUCGUCAAGUUAAAUGGGAAUAUUCAGAUAUGAUAUUAGGUGGUGCCGAUUAUUCCAUGAGUCGUAGCUCGUGUGCAUUGUAUUUAUCUCUUCGUUAUCAUCAGUUAAAUCCAAAUUAUAUUUAUGAACGCCUUAAAACAACAAAAUUGCCAUAUCAACUAAAACUUUUACUUGUUCAAUGUGAUGUUAAUGAUCCAUCCCAAUCAUUAAAAGAACUUGCACGUCUUUCAAUCAUCUAUGAACUCACACUUCUUAUCAGUUGGAACGAUGAAGAAUCAGCAAAAUAUUUAGAAACAUAUAAAAUAAUGGAAGGAAAAUCAGCUGAAAGUUUAAUGGAUUUACAACAAUAUCAAUCAAAUGAUUUUCUCACUAAAUAUAUUGAUAUGAUAACAGAGGUUAAAUCAAUAAAUAAAACUGAUGGUCAAACAUUAUUACAUGCAUUUGGUUCAUUAGAAAAAAUUCUCAAUUCAUCAAAUGAACAAUUAUCUGUUUGUCCUGGUUUAGGAACAUUAAAAGCACAACGAUUAUAUCAAGCAUUUAAUCAACCAUUUAAAAGACAAAAACAAAAAAUAAAUAUUAAUAAAGAAGACAAAAUUUUUGAUGAAAAAUUCGAUUUAGCUAAUAUUGAUGAAGAUAUUUAA